AUGGUUGGCCGACUCAUUAAAUCAAUCACUCCGUCCACAAACGAGGCAAUUUGCGAGGACAGAAUGCAUUCUCCUUUAUCAACUCUAUAUGGAAAUGCAGCUCCGGAGCGAUCGAUUGUAUCUGCGGCUUCCUCGCCCCCAGGACCUAUAUUAAACUCUUCUAAUCAUUUUUUGAGAUAUAAUCGGUUUCCUAGCCGUCGUCCUGGUGGAAGAAGAAACGUUUCAACGGCAAGAACAGACUUGGAUCGUUUUCUCCCUUUGUCCUCGAGCUCUGAUGCUCUAUUGCUAUGUCGACAGGAUCCCCUGGAAAAUCCAUAUUUACAAAAAAAAGAUACCAGGGAUCACUCCGACAGUCGUUUGGAGAAAGAUUCUAAUUGCCCUUACAAUCGUUUGCUGGAACAUGUUUUAGAGAUUGAUAAGACAAGUCAUGUAUUUCGUUUUUCUCCAGAAACAUCUUCUCCUUCCAGCAUUAUUCCAAUAACCUUAGAGUCAAAAACCAAUACAUGCAAAAAGAAGCAUACUCCGGACCAAAUUCUUCCUUUUCGAAUCCUUGACGCUCCCGAGUUACGAGACGAUUUUUAUACCACAUUACUUGCAUGGUCUCCGCGCGGUGACCUAGCUAUUGGUCUUGCCGAAAAUGUGUGUUUAUGGACAGAAGGAUUAGGACCUGUUGGUGUUUUGGAAACCAGCAUGUACGAUGUAAGUAGUCUUGCCUACUCGUAUGACGGUACUAUUCUUGCUGCAGGAAGAAUUGAUGGAACCAUCCAGUUUUUUGGAAGAGGGGAAGUUCGGCCCAGAAUUUCCAUUUAUCAUCCAGGCGAUAUCGGCUGUAUGGCGUGGAAACCUGUACUGGACACGAAUUGUAUUAUAAUCGGAAAAGGAAAUGGAGAGGUUGUAAUCUAUGAUAUACUGUGGUCCGAUUCCACGAUUAAAGCCACGAAGGUUGGAACAAUUACUACUGCUCAUGAAGAGCAGGUUUGUGGAUUGGCCUGGAAUCAUGACGGCACUCAAUUUGCUACGGGAGGAAACGAUAAUCGAGUUUGCCUUUUUAAUUCUUCUGAAUGGCAGAAGCCACUUUUUGUUUGGCAGCACGAUGCUGCAGUCAAGGCAAUAUCUUUUUGUCCCUGGCAAAAAUCUUUGCUCGCUACAGGAGCCGGCUCACACGACAAACAUGUCCGAUUUUAUAAUUGCAACAGCGGAAAAAAAAUAUCUGAGCUCUAUUGUGGUGCACAGAUUACUUCAAUCCAUUGGUCCCCAAAGUAUAAAGAGUUUUGCGUAACUUUUGGUUAUUCGGUGGAAAGUGUUCAACAUCGAAUUGCUAUUUAUAGCUGGCCUCAUUUAAAAUGCCUCGUUUCUGUUCUACCGAGAAUCUCUGAUACUCGAUGUGUGCAUUCUAUUAUGACUUGUACGUAUGAUGAUGUACGAAAGAAGCAGGUUCCUGGUAACAGUAUUGUCGUUGCAAGCAGUGAUGAUACUGUAAAGUUCUUUGAUCUUUCGGAAAACUGUUCCUGGCAUCACGAUCGAGUUUUAUCCUGGAACGGCAUAUUCGACUGUCAAAUUUUGGAAAUGCUGGAAGGCAUGGAUGGAACUUCUAGUUAUCAAAUACGUUAA